AUGAGAAGCUCCAUCGCCGCCGCCGUGCUCCUCCUCAUCUCGUAUCUUUCUUCACCUCCAUAUUCAGCUUCGGCAACUCCUACACCGACACCGGCAACUUCGUCAGGCUGGCCGCGCCGAUCAUCCCCGUCAUUCCUUUCAACAACCUCCCCUAUGGCGAGACCUUCUUCCACUGGCCCACCAGCUGGGCGAGCAACGGACACCUCGUUCUCGACUUCAUCGAUAUCCAAAGCUUUUGGCCUGCCGUUAGUGCCGCCAUCACUAGACAAGUCGCAGAGCUUCAUCAAGGGCGCGAGCUUCGCCGUCAUGGGGACGACGGCGCUGGACCUGUCCUACUUUCAAGAGCACAACAUCACCUCCGUUCCCCCGUUCAACAGCUCCUUGAGCGUGCAGAUCGGGUGGUUCCAGCAGCUCAAGCCCUCACUUUGCAGCACCCCUAAACAAUGCGACAAAUACCUGGGAAAAUCUCUCUUCGUCAUGGGUGAGAUCGGAGGCAACGACUACAUCUACCUCCUUGCCGCCAACAAGACCGUGAAUGAAACGAGAGCGUACAUGCCUACGGUGGCCAAGGCCAUCGCCGGCGGCGUGGAGAGGCUGGUCGAGCUCGGCGCCAAGCGCAUCGUCGUGCCGGGCAACCUGCCGAUCGGCUGCACUCCGAUCAUCCUGACGCUGUACGAGAGCCACAGCAAGUCAGACUACGACGAGUACGGGUGCCUCGACAAGUUCAACGACCUGGCGCGCUACUACAACCGCCUCCUCCGGCAAGAGGUUCAGGCGCUGCAGAAGAAGUACAAUCUGACGAAGAUCGCCUUCGCCGACUACUUCCGGCCCGUCGUCCAGUUCCUUCAGAAACCGGCCGAACUCGGGUUCAACGGCGGCACGGCGCUGGUGGCGUGCCGUGGGGCGGGCGGCAAGUACAACUACAACGCCACGGCGGCGUGCGGUCACCCCGGCGCCACGGCCUGCGCGGACCCAUCCAAGGCGCUCAACUGGGACGGCAUCCACCUCACCGAGAAGGCGUACGGCGCCAUCGCCGCCACAUGGCUGUGCGGCCCGGAUGCGGAACCGACCAUACUGGACCUCGCGCAUUGA